CCGAAGCGGAUCGCCAGCUGUCAAAAAUAAAAACUCUUCCGUUUAUUAAAACUGGACAGGAGUUUAACCAGUUUCCACCCGACCUGAGAUCCACAGUGCUUUUAAUACGCGAUUGUAGUCGUUAUGCGGAACACACAGCAUUACAGCAGCUAGCUUUUGACCUGCACUGACUUUGUUUUAUCGGAUUUGGUCGUCAAACAUGGAGAAAUUUGAAGGCUACAUCUUCACUGCUCUCUGCAGCACCAACUUUUUGAUAUCCUGCCUGAUUUUCUCCAGAGUCACUCGGGAGCAAAGGGAGCCGUACAUGGACGAGAUUUUCCACGUCCCACAAGCUCAGAAAUACUGCCAUGGAAAAUUCAACGAGUGGGACCCAAUGAUCACCACUCUCCCAGGCCUUUACCUUGUCUCUGUGGGAGUCAUCAAGCCUGUGGUGUGGCUUGCUGACCUGACAGGCGCGGUGGUGUGCUCCACGGCCAUGCUGCGCUUCAUCAACCUGCUGUUCAACUGCGGCAACCUUUACCUGCUCUAUCUGCUCAUCUGCAAACUGCACCUCAGGGAGAAGACGCGAACAACCUCACGCCGAGUCCUCUCAGCGCUUUCUCUGUCGACUUUCCCCGUGCUCUACUUCUUCAACUUCCUCUACUACACCGACGCCGGAUCUACUUUCUUCAUCCUCUUCACUUACCUCAUGACGCUCUACGGCUGCCACAAGGCCUCCGCGUUCCUCGGCGUGUGCUCCGUGCUCUUCCGCCAGACCAACAUCAUCUGGGUGGCGUUCUGCACGGGCACCUUGGUGGCCGCCAAAAUGGACGAGGCCUGGAGGUUGGAGCACACGAAGAAGAGGGAUGAGAAGUCUCCUCUGUCCCAGGUGCCUCUGUCGUUCAGUGGAGCUAAGAAAGUGGUGCUUUUCACACUGGAGUUCCUUACGUCACCCAGUCACGUGAAGGCGGUGCUGCUGGUGGCAUGGCCUUACGCGGUGGUCGGCGUGGGCUUCCUGGUGUUCGUGGUGCUGAACGAUGGGAUCGUGGUGGGUGACAGGACGAGCCACGAGGCCUGCCUCAACUUCCCCCAACUCUUCUAUUUCUUCUCCUUCGCCCUCUUCUUCUCCCUCCCCGUCUCACUUUGCUACCACCGCGUUCUUCGCUUCCUCCACGCUCUGAAAAGACAGCCUUUGUUCUUCCUCUUCAUCACGGGCGUCUCCUUGCUCCUGGUGUGGAAGUUCACGUUGGUCCACAGGUACCUCCUGGCAGAUAACCGCCAUUUCCCCUUCUAUGUCUGGAACAGGCUCUUCCAGAGGCACGAGCUGGUGCGCUUCCUCCUCGUCCCCGCGUAUGUCUUUGCAGGGUGGAACUUCCUGGACUCCUUCAAGUCGCGCUCGCUGUUCUGGAGUUUGGCGUUCCUGGCGUGCCUCCUGGCUGCCACAGUGCCCCAGAAACUGUUGGAGUUCCGGUACUUCAUCGUCCCGUACCUGAUGUACCGCCUGCACAUGCCUCUCCCCUCACUUCCCAGACUCACCGUGGAGUUUCUUCUGUACACGGCGGUCAACGCUGCCACACUUUACAUCUUCAUCAGUAAGACCUUCCACUGGCCGAACAGCGCGGCCACACAGAGGUUCAUGUGGUGAACUAAAGAGAAGUUCCCGGACUCAAACAGGGUGUUAGUCUUAAAAGAGAAUCACAAUAACACGUGACAUCUCAAAAAUCUAAGAAAACAUCCCAGUAACAAGGCAAAAAUGGCUCAUGCUUUCACUGCUAUAGCUUACACUGAGAAUUAUUAUUGCUAGUUGUAAUGUGACAAUAGAAAACAUUUUAAUACUGAGUUUGAUGUCAAAGGUUGAGUUAUACUGUGUUUCCGCUACAGACUCUGCAGUAGGGCUUUAAAUUUACUGUGAAUCGGUCCACAAUUACAUAAACAUUACCAAAAAAACAGUGCAGUGUUGGUAUCGGUGUUCAAUGUUUAAUCAUUGGUACUGCUCUGAAUUAUAAUGGUCUGUGAAUAAAAGAUGUUUCUACUGUACAUAAACAAUCUUAGGUUGAAAUGUUGAUCCGGUGUAAUUUAAACGUUUUCUGCAGGCUGGGUGUGGUUUUCUUACGGCACACUGUUUUGUACUUUAAAUGUAAAUACUGGGUGCAGUUCUAUGAAUCAGUCGUUGGUGAACUAACUGUUGACAUAAGCUGUAAAUAGGAUUUAAAGAGACCAAAAAUGACAGCCAUAUUGUAAACUUUCGAAUUUGUAUCGUAUGGGAUGUUUUUUGUAAUGACAGUUUUGCUUUUUGAUGGACACACUUGACCAACAGACAACUUAAUAAUUAUGGGAAUAAAUUGAAGACAUACGUGCGUAUGUUUCAUUUUUACCUUGAUUUUUUUUUUACUUUGACCAAGCCAUAAAGAUCCGCUUUAGGUGAUUCAGACACGUGUUGUUCACUGUUAAUUUAGAUGUUUUGGUUUUAUUUUUGUGGUUUAAGUGUAACAGACAGUGUUAUCCUGUAUGUUUCCCCUUUCUGUUGGCUAUUUUCAUUGUGCCUGAUGUGUGUGUCUUACUGUAAGAUUUAAUUAUAAAGUUUCAAUCCCAACAGGACCUGAUAUCAGAUUUGGUUUGAGACUUUUCAAGUUAAGUUGAGUCUUAUUCAAAUUUAUCAUCACAAAGUCCCAUUUCAACUGUAUCAGAGUCUGUUACUGCUUCAUGUUUACUCAUUUGUCUGAUAAUGUUUCACACUUAAUGUCCAUCCAGCUGUAUGCUGCUGAUACAAUCUUGUGUAUACCUUUGAAUAAAAUCACUUGUGCAGCA